AUGUCACUCUUCGUGGAAGAAGAUGACACAUACGCGGGUGACGUUCCUAUUGAGGAGAGAGAGCUUGCUGUUGAGAACAGGGAGAUCCCCAUUGAGGAAAGAGAAGAGCUUCCGCCAGCAGAAAUAUCGGCUGAACGUACCAAUGCUCACUACCAAAGAGCGUUUGAAGGUCGCCAAAAUGAAGUGCAAGAUAUUCCCGUGGUUUUCUCCGACAAACAAGAAGUUUCAGCUGUGUAUGAAACACGAGAGAUCUGCUGCAACAUCCCACUUUCCUUCUAUCAAGAAGUAGUUGAGAAUAUGCUUACGAAAGAUGGACUACUCAUCCUAGGACAUGGUUUGGGGUCAGAAAUGGUCACCACCAAUAUCUUGUAUGCGCUCAGUGCACCGUCCGUAUCAUUGGAGGUGGGAAACUCCGUACAGAAGAAACGAAGUCUCGUAAUCUUGCUUAAUGCUCGAGAAGACGAGAUCGCUACAAUUUCUGACGAGUUGGUGGAAUUGGCAUGGAUGAAUGCAGCCGUGGGAUCUGCUCAAGACGAUAACGAGUGGACAUCGCCUUUACGAGUAAUUGGAGGAGGAGAGAUGGCCAACACGACGAAAAGACGCGCCAUGUAUGAAGAAGGGGGUAUUCUUUCCAUCAGUUCGCGAGUUCUUGUGGUGGAUCUCCUCUCGGGAAUUAUAGCACCUAACGAUAUUACGGGAAUUCUUGUUUUGCAUGGCGAAAGGAUUCGGGAAACGUCCAAUGAGCUGUUUAUUGUCAACUUGUACCGUGACGGGAAUGAAUGGGGGUUUGUCAAGGCUAUAUCAGAUGAGCCUGAAGCAUUCACUGGAUUCACGCCGUUAGCCACGAAGCUCAAGAUUUUGAGGCUAUCUAACGUAUACUUAUGGCCGAGAUUUCAUGUUGAGGUGUCUUCAUCGUUGAUAAAAGCUUCUGGCAAGCUGCGAAACACUGUCACCGAAGUGAAUGUUCGACUUUCAGCGAAGAUGACAAAGAUCCAGUCAGCCAUCUUAUCAUGUCUUCAGGCAUGUUUGCAGGAGCUUAGAAGACACAACCCACUGCUAGACACAGAGUACUGGGAUAUGGAGAAUGUUCAUGAUAAGGACUUCGUGCUCAGGGUCAGACUCUCAUUGGAUUCUCAAUGGCAUCGUAUCUCGUGGACUUCCAAACAAUUGGUCUAUGAUCUAGCAACUCUCAAGGACCUUCUCACAGGACUCUUGACCGAAGACUCGCUCACUUACUACCAACGAGUCCAGGGUAUAGUUGAUGCAAACAUGAGAUCCUCUGGAGCUGGAACUAUGAACAUGAGCUCCAUGAGUCCGUGGCUCAUGAUGGAUGAGGCUACAACUAUCAUUUCAUACGCGAAAGAGAGGGCUUUGGGGAAAGUGACUAUCGGAAACCACCACAUUGAUGCUGACACAAACGAAGAAAUAGUAACCUCCACAGAAGAAGUAUACAAUUUGGAAGAGCUUCCCAAAUGGGACCAAUUAGCUCUCAUUAUUGACGAUAUUAUGCAUGAAAGAUCGGUAAGUUCUCUGAAAGCUGAUGGGCCCGUGCUUAUCAUGUGUUCUUCAGGAAAAAUUGCACAACAGCUUGCGUCGAUCUUGGAGAAGUCCAAGAAGAAGGAAAAUGCCAUUACUGGUAAAAAGGCUUUCUCCAACAGAGCUUACAUGGUGAGUAGAUUGAGUGAGUAUUUGCUGUGGAAAGACCUCACCUCUUUAACCAAGAAAGUCACAGCUGAGCUUUACACCAAGGAAGAAGGAGGCUCAGCAAGUCCACAACCGGAGGAAGAACAGCUCAAUACCUCGAAAACCUUCACAAGAGGCAACAACACACCCAAGAGUAAGCGCAGACGCACACGAGGCGCCUCUUCAGUCGCCAACGUUGCUCGACUUUACUCGGGAAGCAAUUUCGAGAAAACUAAUGGAGCUGUGGAGUUAGACGACAACAUUGUGCAGCGUGUGGAAGAGCUUGUGAAGGAAGAAAGUGAUGAUAGUAUUCAAAUGAUCUCGGACCACGAAAGUGACGAACAAAUUGAUAACGAAGAGUUGUUCGUCAAAGAGAAGGGACGGACUCUUGAGUUAGAUCAUGUGGAGAAAUUCAACCAAAUUGUAAUCCACACCUACGACAACAAUAAGAAUGAGUCACUUCUUCAGGAAUUGUCUCCUUCUUACAUUGUCAUGUACGAGCCGGACUUACCAUUCAUCCGACGAGUUGAAGUUUACCAAGCAUUGAACCCCACCAGCCCUGCAAAAACGUUCUUCAUGUAUUAUGGAACGUCUGUUGAGGAGCAGACACAUUUAACUAGAAUCAAGAAAGAAAAACAGGCAUUCACAAAGCUUAUCAAAGAAAAAGCAGCAUUGGGGAAACAUUUCGCUUCGGAUAGUGACAAUUGGAAGUUUCACCUUAAGAAACCUCAGGUUGUCAACACUAGGAUAGCUGGUGGAGCCAAUUUCCGUACGGAGACCGACGAAAUGAGGAUCAUUGUUGAUACGAGAGAGUUCGCUUCGUCGCUUCCGAACUUGCUCUACAGAGUUGGCAUUAAAGUGAUUCCAUGCAUGAUCACUGUGGGAGAUUACAUUUUAACUCCUAAGAUUUGCGUGGAGAGAAAGGCUAUUCCCGACUUGAUCGCCAGUUUCAAGUCUGGAAGACUAUAUCAGCAAUGUGAGCUGAUGUUUCGGCAUUACGAGACUCCGGCAUUGCUCAUUGAGUUUGACGAAUCCAAAUCCUUUUCAUUUGAACCCUUUUCAGAAUUGCGCCCACCAGGCCAGAAAGUAUCUGCGGGCAAUCCGAUUUCCGGUAAGAUUCUGAGGAACGAAAUCCAACUGAAACUUACUGAACUUCUCGUUUCGUUUCCAAAACUCAAGGUCAUCUGGUCGUCAUCACCUUACGAGACAGCCCAAAUCUUUUUGGAGCUUAAGGCUACACAGAAUGAGCCCGACAUCGACGAAGCGCUCUCCAAAGGUGUCAAUCCGUCCAUUAGCACAAAUGAGGGACCUCCAAUGUUCAAUGAUGACGCGUUGGAUCUUCUUCAGAGCAUUCCCGGAAUCAACAAUGUGAACUAUACAUUGAUCAUCCAAAAGGUGAGGAACAUGGUGCAUUUGGUGACACUUCUGCGAGAGGAGUUUGUGUCUAUUUUGGGAGAGGAAAACGGAAACAAGGCCUUCAACUUUAUCAACCACGAGAUCAGUUAA